AUGAAUGCCUAUGGACAGAGAGUCCUCUUUCGCACGGAAAACUUUGCCAACAGCCAUGCGGGAUUUAGUAGCUUUCUGCGAGGCCAGCGAGUGCUGGGCGUGCUUGAGCAGCUGGCUACGGAGGAAAUGCUUCUAUUUAAGGAAAAGAUCAAUUACAAGCUUGCAGGAAGUGGCGGUUUUGACCCUCAUAUCGAUGCCAACGCAUACACUCAUGUCAAGGACAUCAAGCACCUGACGAUUCCUGCGGCUGUCGACGAAAUGAAUGCUGAAAAUGGCGGCCUGGAAGUAGUCGACGGUAGUCACCUCAUUGGACAUCCCCCUAGGUCGUGA